AACUAAUACUGAUGUUUCAGUAUUUCAUGUAGAUAAAAACUCUUGGAAAUUGGGAUUUCAUUCAGCUUUAUUUAAUCAGGAAAUCUGACUUCAGUUAAUCUUGUGCAGGAGAGUCACCACACACAGUAGAAGCACACCCUCCAGGAUGAUGUUCUGUCUUCUCAACCAGAAGGAAAAUUUCACCAAGAGCCCAUCAUACCCAGCAGAGAAUUUCACUUCUUUGAGUUAUUUUACCAUUUCCCUGCAUGGAUUAUUCUCUUCCAUUGGCAUCAUAGAAAACCUCAUCAUCCUUGGAGUAGUGGGUUUCCAUGUCCGUCGCUCGGUUAUCAGCGUCUGGAUCCUGAACCUUGCAGCUUCUGAUCUAUUGGCCACCUCUAGCCUCCCCUUCUUCACCCUCUACAUGGCCAAAGGUCACACCUGGACAUUGGGAACAACCUUCUGCCGCAUUAACUCCUCCAUCUUCUUUCUCAACAUGUUUGUCAGUGGCUUCCUGUUGUCGGCCAUUGCUCUCGACCGCUGCCUGGUGGUUUUGAGACCCGUCUGGGCUCAGAACUAUAGGAAUGUUCAACUAGUAGGGAAGAUAUGUGGGGCGAUUUGGGCUUUGGCUGUGCUCUGCACUAUUCCCUUCUACAUAUUCCGUGACACCAUUCCCCUAAAUGGCAAGAUUCUGUGUUACUACAAUUAUGCUCAAUUCCUCCCUAAUCAGCCGUAUGACCUGGCAUCUUUAUGUAAGCAGCGCAAGGAGUCCUUGGCCUUAAUGAAGCUUUUUCUAGCCUUCCUGAUCCCUCUGCUCAUCAUCAUCUUCAGCUAUGCUGCUGUGAACAAUUACUUGCUGCGCAGAGGCUGCCGACGGCCUUUCCGAUUUGUUCGACUUGUUGUAGCUGUGGUGGUCAUCUUUGUAGUCUGCUGGGCUCCGUACCACUUGUUCAUCAUCAUGGAGGUGAUGGCUCCCAGUGGGCAUCCUGUUCAGAUAUUUGCAAGCCAGGCCCUUCCAAUUUCCUCAACCAUUGGCUUCCUUAACAGCAUCCUUAACCCCAUUCUUUAUGUGUUCAGCUGCCCUGACCUCUGCAGUAAGAUAAGACAUUCUCUGGGUGCGGUGAUGGAGAGUGUCCUGGUAGAGGAUCUGGCAGAACUGGCCCGACGCCGUAGCACUCUUCGCAGCAGUGUCAGCACAACCGAGAUUACAUUGAAACAGAUAAAUAAUUCUGUUCCAAGCUUGUCACCUAAAGUAGACGUGCAAGAGCAGGAUGAAAGUCUUGUUGAGCUUGCUCAGAACUGAAUGAAAAUCUACCAUAAUUUUUCUAAUAGUGGUCAUGCUUUUGUUUAACUUCAGCUGUACAGAGAAAUCUUCAUUUAAAAUAUUUUUUGGUGUUGUAGUUUGUAGUUUUCUAACUGUAUCAUAUGUUUUUUUGAUGUACACCACUUUGACUUUGCUUUUGAUGCUGUUUGUUGUGGAUAUAAAUGUGAAACUCAAUCCACGCUUACCUGUUGAAUUCAUAAGUUGAAGAUAAUUAUAAUCAUUAUAAUUAUAAUUAUAAUCAAGAUGUAAAAUGUAACAAGUUCAAUUGUUUUCAAAAGACAGCAGAAUCCACUAAACUUUGUACUACUGAUGGAAUUACUGGUGACAAAUUAAAUUACACUGAAUUUAUUUUAUGAUCUUUCAGAGUAUAAAUCAGUCCGUCCCUUUUCAAUAGUUUCAAUCAGGUCUUUCUUAAUAGUAGGAUUUUUUUUUCUUCAGUUACAACAUAAACUAUUAUAUUAUAAGCGUGAUAGAAUCCUAGCUUUGAUUUCAAAAUGUGUGUUGCCAUGUGUGUUUGUGAUCUGAUAAACUGAUAUAAUCCCAAGAGCAUUAAAGGAUUUAUUCAGCAUACAGUGUGUGCUGAAUGUUUGACCUCCACAUAAAUGACAGCUGCAACAAAGCAGACUGAAUGAUUUUUAAUUUUGACUUGGAUGCUUGAUUGAUGUAAAUGUUUGAUUAAGAGACAUAUACAUUAUUGCUUCUCUUUAGUUUAUAGCUUUGUAAUAGUAUGGACAAGUGAUGUCGCUCACUAGCUGUAGGGGCUAACAUGAGCAGCAAUCCCAUUGUGUUUAUAAUAAAGAAUAGAUUCAUGUUG